AUGGCCCAGGCCCUGGUGCAGCCUGGUGAGCUGCAGGAUGACUCCAGCUCUUUGGGGUCUGACUCAGAGCUGAGUGGGCCCGGCCCAUAUCGCCAGGCUGACCGCUAUGGCUUCAUUGGGGGCAGCUCAGCAGAGCCAGGGUCAGGUCACCCUCCUGCAGACCUUAUCCGCCAGCGGGAGAUGAAGUGGGUGGAGAUGACCUCACACUGGGAGAAAACCAUGUCUCGGCGGUACAAGAAGGUAAAGAUGCAGUGCCGGAAAGGCAUCCCUUCGGCCCUGCGGGCCCGGUGCUGGCCCCUGUUGUGUGGGGCCCACGUGUGUCAGCAGAACAGCAGUGACACUUAUCGGGAACUGGCUGAGGCCCCUGGGGACCCACAGUGGAUGGAGACCAUCGGCAGGGACCUGCACCGCCAGUUCCCUCUGCAUGAGAUGUUUGUGUCACCCCAGGGUCACGGGCAGCAGGGGCUCCUCCAGGUACUCAAGGCCUACACCCUAUAUCGGCCGGAGCAGGGCUACUGCCAGGCCCAGGGCCCUGUGGCUGCCGUGCUGCUCAUGUAUCUGCCCCCAGAGGAGGCCUUCUGGUGCCUGGUACAGAUCUGCGAGGUUUACCUCCCUGGCUACUACGGGCCCCAUAUGGAGGCUGUACAGCUGGACGCCGAGGUGUUCACGGCCCUGCUGCGGCGGCUGCUCCCGCGUGUGCACAAGCACCUGCAGCAGGUGGGCGUCGGGCCCCUGCUCUACCUGCCCGAGUGGUUCCUGUGCCUCUUCGCCCGCUCCUUGCCCUUCCCCACGGUGCUGCGUGUCUGGGACGCUUUCCUUAGCGAGGGUGUGAAGGUGCUGUUCCGCGUGGGGCUGACACUGGUACGCCUGGCACUGGGCACCACUGAACAGCGCCAGGCCUGCCCGGGGCUCCUGGAGACGCUCGGCGCCCUUCGAGCCAUCCCGCCCACCCAGCUGCAGGAGGAGGUCUUCAUGCCCCAGGUGCACAGCGUGGCCCUGUCCGAACAGGACUUGAAGCGGGAGAUCAAGACCCAGCUGGCCCAGCUGCCCGCGUCGGCAUCUGGGCCACCCCCGAGGCCGCAGGCCCGCCUGCCUGGGGCCCAAGCCAUCUUUGAGGCCCAGCAGCUGGCAGGAACCCGGGGAGCCACCAGGCCCGAGGUGCCCCGCAUCGUGGUUCAGCCCCCGGAAGAGCCCAGGCCGCCACGGCGCAAGCCCCAGACCCGAGGCAAGACUUUCCAUGGGCUGCUGACUCGGUCCAGGGCCCCCCCUAUCGAGAGCCCUGCCAGGUCCCAUCGAGGCUCCACCUCCUCCCUGGACACCCGAUUCUGA